UCUACGUCCCAACUACCUCCUAAAAUCUCCUAGUCUCGAAAAACACGACAAAAAAAAAAAGAAACCCUCGGUGAGACGUUAGAAAUUCGAACAGAAAACAAAAAACCACCAUGAAGCUAACAUCGUUUUUGAUUGCUCUGUUCUUCGCCUUGACGGCAGGAAUGCCAAGUGAAGACCGCAUCUAUGGUGGCACUCAAGCUACCGGUGCCGUUCCUUAUUUGGCUUCAAUCGUCGUGAACCAGCAGCACAUUUGCGGAGGAUGGAUUUACGAUACCGACUGGGUAGUUACAGCUGCCAACUGCGUCUAUGAUUAUUUACCAAGUGAACUCUCGGUCAUCGUGGGUCAAUAUUCGCUGAUUCAACCUGAUUUAGACGAAAAAGUUAUUAACGUUUUCAAGAUCAACAUCUACAGCGGUUACAACGAUACUACCAUGUUGCACGAUAUUGCUAUGCUGCAGCUUGCAACCCCGAUGACAUUCGGUGUCCACGUCAAUUAUCUUCCCUACGAAGAGGCAGACGAAACCGGCACUGUUACUGGUACUUUUUCCGGAUGGGGUGGCACUCUGGAAGGCAAUUUACCUGCAACCAAACUUCGUACGAUGACAGUGGACUUCCCUGGUGACUGCUCCCUUUACACCCAGGACGAAUACAGUCAAAAUUACAUGCUGUGCGCGGGAACGGCCACUGCUGGAACCUCGCCUUGCCAGUAUGACGAGGGAUCGCCAUUGGUUCAGACAAUCAAUUCCAUUGAUUAUGCUGUGGGUAUCAUGUCCAAGAAUAAGGGUUGUGGAGCCGAUGCAGUAUCGACAAUCUACACCCGCCUUACCGCCUAUUACGCUUGGUUCAAUGACAUUGCUGGUCUCCAGCCCACACCCGCUCCUGCACCUCUAAAGAAAUAGUUAAUUGAUUUUCAGCCUAUCUUUGUUGAAAAAAGAUGUUACAAUAUUCAUUUUAAAUCAAGAAAAUACACAAAUCAAAUUAAAA